AUGAGCUUUGAGUCCAAAAACCUUGGCCUGGAUCCCAACACAGCCACCUAUGAAGAAGGCUGUGCAAGGAUUCCCCCGGCCUCGUCCUUGCUUCUAACCGGUGCUGGUACCAGGUGCCCGGUCCCGGGAGCCGUGACCAUGGAGGCUCUCCCCAAGGACGUGGAGGUCAACGAGAAGUCUCCAGAAUCCAAGGACCUGCUGCCCAGCCAGACCGCCAGCUCCCUGUGCAUCAGCUCCAGAAGUGAGUCUGUCUGGACCACCACCCCCCGGAGUAACUGGGAAAUCUACCGCAAGCCCAUCGUCAUCAUGUCCGUGGGCGGUGCAAUCCUCCUAUUCGGUGUGGUCAUCACCUGCUUGGCCUACACCCUGAACCUGGGUGACAAGAGCCUCAAGGUCCUUAAGAUGAUAGGGCCCGCCUUCCUGUCUCUGGGACUCAUGAUGCUGGUAUGCGGGCUGGUGUGGGUGCCCAUCAUCAAAAAGAAACAGAAGCAGAGACAGAAGUCAGUUUUCUUCCAGAGCCUCAAGUCCUUCUUCCUGAAUCGCUGAUGACGGUCUCGCCCUCUGUCCUCCCCACCACCCUGCCACCUCGACCAGGAGAAGAUGUGAUGACCAACAUCCAACAUCCCCGGCCCCUUGAGAGGUGGAGUCUUCCGUAAAACUGAUGCAGGCAAACCCUCUCCUGGGUCCCGUGGGAAAGAGCGAGCCGGGGCUGCGCCCUCCAUGCAGCUGGGAGGUACCGCGGGAUGAUCUCAUUUGGUCUCUCUGUUAUCACUGACGUUCCCUCAGAUCCUGGCCGUGGCCAUCGCUUUUCAUGGCUCUCGUCCCAGCCUGUGCAUCCAGGUGUCACUCAUCUAACGCUCUCUGCCAAGUGCUGUGCAUGUUGGGAAAUUCCUUGAGGUGGGCCAUGCCCCAAGAAGAACCUCCUGUUUACAUAUCUGAGUGCCUGAACUGGAUUCUGCAUUUGCUUCCUUCUAGAACCCAAGCUGACCAACGGAGGUCCUUCGCAGAGGGAAGGGACGUUCUGACCAUUGGGUCUGCCCACCCCAGAUCUCUCUGUGGGCAAGAUGCUGGCUUGCAUUUCAAGAGAUCGGACAAGUCACAAGUAUCAAACAUUCCAAAGAGUGAGCAGUGAAAGGUGGCCGGGGAAGGACUUUCCAGGAAGGCACAUUUCCCCUAGAAAUGGCCCUGGGAGUCAGCCAGUGAAGAAAUUUAACCCUUAGUUGUAUAGAAUUUAUACCAGAGGCAGUGGGGUGCGCUAGCAGGUGUCACAGACUCCCCUGACCUUCUAACUCCUUCUCCGUGACUACUCUUCCCUCUGAACUUGACACUUAGCCAAGGACAAGCGUGUGUUGCCCUAACUCCCUCUUUCCCCCACCCCAUGACUCUAGAACAGCCAGGUGGAGAAGGUUGCUAUAAGAUUUUUCUCUCCUUCUCCCCCGUAAAGAAUCAAAACCAAGAAGCUUGAAUUCCACAUCUGAGUGUCUGUAGGUUUCCAGCGAUGGAAUUUUCUUUAGAAAAUCCCAACUUCUGCUCUCCCUGCCCCCACUCACCAACAUGCAUUUAAACCUUCAGUGAGGGCCCUGCUCUGGGCCAGGCCCCGGGGCGAGAGCAAGACAGAUGGUCCCUGGGCUCAUCUUCUGUAUAAAGUGAGAGACAGCCAGAGCACCAGGCGGCCAGAACACCCCGGGAUGAGUACUUUCUGGGGAAACGAGGAUGGGGGCAGGAACGCGGAGGGGACAUCUGCCCCAACCCUGGGAGAGGACAGAGGGCGUGCUGGAGGCUGUGCCAUCCACACAGAACCAAAGGGAAGAGGAGAGCUGGCGACGAGGGCAAAGAAAGGCACUCUAGGCGGGAAUGGUGUGUGCAGAGCUGGGGUGGGAGAGGAGCGGGAUACAGGUAGGAAACAGCAUAGCAAGCUCCCUAACCUCCCGAAUGGUCACCUGAGCCCCUGUCUCGGCCUGCCACCCCCUGCUUCCCCAAGUGCCUUAGUGCGGCUUCUCGGGGCUCAUCGAGGGGCCUCCUGGGUCUGUGGCAAAGACUACAGACCUCCUGGGUCUGUGGGAGAUUCCAGGGGCCCACCACGCAGAGAGCACCCGUAUGGUUAAGUGCUCCCCAAAUCUGGGGUUUUCUGCGGCAUCCGGAGGCCCUUAGGUGACAGACCAGGAGGGUACCUGCAAGAAAGCCACGCUGCCCUAGGUCUGAGGCCCAGCGGACAGCAUCUGAUAAUGAGGGGAAGGUUUCCUCGGCCUUCUGCCCGUGAGCCCAUCCCAUCACUAUGUCACCAUGACAACCUUUCUCUCUUUCCCUCCUUCUCCCCCCGCCACCCGGCCGUCUCUCUUUCUCUCUCUCUCUCCAUCAGGCCUCCAGGUAUCUCCAUCCUUCAUGGUGGUUCCGUAUGCAAAGUCAGAACCCCACCUUGUUCCCUCUGCAUCAUGGGAAACUCCAUGGAGGCAGGUACCCGUGACAUGGGGACACCCCCCUGCCCCACCCACCUAAGGAGCCAGAGUUUGGGGAGCUUCACCCAGAAUGACCGUGUCUCUCAUUCAGACAGCGUGGCCAGGUCCUCUAGCCCACCUGUCCCCUGCACACAGGCAGUCAGGACCAAUCAUGGGGGACGUUGCAAGUACUGUGUCACUAAUUGUGGUCCCAGUGCCUCAAGUGACCGGGCUUACAGAGGGUUUCCAUUUCUCCGACGUGAACGCAGAUUCCACAUCAGCCCUAAAAUGUCACUCUCACAUUCCCUGAUGCUUUCUUACAUGGGAGCAAAUGGGGAGGACGCCCAGCUGGCUCACUGGGAAUCCACACUUCCAGGGUGUCAUUUCCUCUCCCCACAAGCUUAUCGAGUAGGCGCAGCUGAGGGAGGAGGGCCCAGGCUGAUGCUGUACCACGCGUGUCCUGGCGGAGGGCAGUUUGGGGACGACACGAUUCUAGAAAGUGUCCCAGGCCUGGACUCACCUUGGAGUCUCCAGCAAUCUGGCCCACAUUCCCCAUUCCUCAACCUAGUGCUCAGCAGGAAAAAUGAGGACAAAUCCCCAAAGCAUCAUUCACCCCCACCGGGAUCCCUUAUAUGAAUGCGGACCAAGGAACACGCCAGGGUCACACUGAGGGGCUUCUGCCAAAGACCAUCACCACACAGAAGCCCUAGGAAUGGCUGUGCCCAGAUCAGAUGCCACGUUUCUGGAAAACAGCAUCGCCACCACGACUCCUCCCAUGCCGUGGAUGGGAGGUCAGGACCAGCAUCGUGCGUUCGGCUACUGGAUUGUAUUAUCCCACCCAUGGCUGUUCUGUUUGGAAGGGUUCCAUUUAAUCUGAGUGCUAAAAGAACUGCUGGGAUGUUGAAUUGUA